UUUGGGGACACGUUAUAAACCUUGUUUCGAUAAACAACUUAAUUAAGUGCUUCUGUAUAGGCUAUCUCUAUAACAAAUCAUACAUACAAUAAACUCAAAAUGUUUUCAUAUAAGCUAUUUUCAGAAAUGAUCCCUGAGAGUUUAUGGAAAUAAGCCGAAAACAGUUUAUGGAAUUUUCAUAAGCUGUUUUCAUACGUUCUCUAAGACAGUGUCAAAAGUGCUUAUACUAGAAUAUAAGAUUAAAUAAGCUAAUCCUCACAAAUUCUGCUGAAAAGUUGCACAAGUGCCUAUCUCAUAAGUCCAAAUAAACAAAAACAUAUAUAGAGGGCAUUGAACUCCAUUUUAAAUUUUGGUUGAGGGAUUAAACCACAGUUAUUUGUAGGUAGAGAAAGAUGGUGUGCUGUAGAGGCUUUUGGGAGUGCCUUUUGAAGCUUUUAAACUUCAUAUUGACCGUGACUGGUUUAGCUAUUGUGGGUUAUGGGAUCUAUUUGCUGGUUGCAUUCGCUAAAGCCUCUGAUGACGAUAAACCCGACAUUUCUCCAACGCCAGAUAUUUCUCCGGUCAGUGGUGAUAGUGCUCUAAUUCAGUUUGGGCGGCCGAUGCUUAUGGCUGUCUCUCUAUCCGACAACAUUUUUGACAAGUUGCCUAAGGCUUGGUUUAUUUACUUAUUUAUUGGUGUCGGAGCUGUUCUCUUUGUUGUUUCUUGUUUUGGUUGUAUUGGAGCUACGACACGGAAUGGUUGCUGCCUGAUUUGUUAUUCAAUUUUAGUGGCACUGUUGAUCUUGGUAGAGCUGGGAUGUGCAGCCUUUCUAUUCUUUGACAAAAGCUGGAAAGAGGAAAUUCCAACAGAUAAAACUGGAGAUUUUGAUAUGAUAUAUGGGUUUCUCAGAGAGAAUUGGGAUAUUGUGAGAUGGGUUGCUCUUGGGAUUGUUAUCUUUGAGGCUCUUCUUUUCUUGUUAGCCCUUAUUGUUAGGGCUGUAAAUAGGCCAGCAGAUUAUGAUAGUGAUGAUGAGCUCAUUAAUCCAAGGCAACAAGUUCGGCAGCCAUUGCUCAAUAAUAGACAAGCAGGUCCACCAUCAGGGUUACCAGUUGCAGGGACAACGGACCAGCGCCCAAACAGAAAUGAUGCAUGGAGUACACGGAUGAGGGAGAAGUAUGGGCUUGAUACUUCAGAAUUUACGUACAAUCCAUCCGAGUCACAAAGGUUCCAGCAAGCAAACUCUCAGCCAACCGAAGAAAAGAGCCGCUGCACCAUCAUGUAAUCGCUUCAUGGCUGCUAUUCUAAACCAUGUCACAUGGCAUUGAUAGGUUGGCCUCCAAUUAUUAUUUCUGUGGUCAAUGGUGUUGAGACUGGAAGUUUCAGAGAAAUAUAUCUUUUGUGGAGUUUGUGUACAAAUCUCACUUUAAAGGGUUAUUUCUUGACAAUUGACAUGACAAAAUCUUGUUUAUUUUUGUGUUAAUAUUGUGCUGUGAGAGUGAGACAUCAUAAAUUCAAUGUGGGCUGUGGUGUUAUUUAUGUUCAUAGUUUAGGAUAGUAGUAAAGUCAUUAGAUGCUGAUAUCAUUAUCUUGGUCUUCGAAAGAUUGAGUUAAUUUUUCUAGUCUCUGCAGUAACAAAAAAUCUAGUCCAAUUCUAAAAAGCUGUGGCAUUAA